AUCGCGGUAAAGCGGGUAAAGUGUUCUUUACAGUUUGCUGACUUAAUCAAAUUCAAAUUGAUAUACAAACAGUAUUUUGCCGUAUUUCAAAACAAAAGCAUGUGAAUACAUCAAGUCAUGAGUUAAUUAACACUAUAAUAAUAUUAUCGCUAAACCGGCUGUGAAUUUCAACAUGAUUUUGUUUAUUAGUAACUGUGGGGUACCUUAUCUUGACAAAUGUUAUCUACUAUAAGAACAAUAGUUUUUCAACAGUUUAGUGGUUAUGAUUACUGUAGUUAGAGUGUUAAUGUUUUUAUUAUAAAUUAAAAUUCUGGAAUUAUGCUAAUUAUUGGCAAAAAGUAUGUAAUUUUUUGGCGAAUAAUAUAAGGUCCAGCUCAAGACUUAGUGGCUUCUUCAUAUCGAUCAUUUGAUUUUAAAAUGGACACAAGUGAUAGUGGACACAGCGACAUUGGGGAAGAACUUGUACAACACGACAAACAUGGCUUGGGAUACCAGAAUACGUUGAUGUAUGGCCGGUAUAGCCGGCAAUUAGGAGAAUACGCAAAACUUGAAGCAUUGAAAGCACAAGAAAAACAGAGAAUAAAAGAAGAAAAAGCUCGAAAAAAGGAACUCAGAGGUUAUCAAGGAAAAUUAGUCAAAUUUAUAUCUUUCUUAUGGAGACAUACAUUUGCCAGAUUGGGAGAAGAUUGGGUUUUCUUAGCUCUUUUAGGAGUAAUCAUGGCUUUUUUAAGUUUUUUAAUGGACAGAGGAGUGUCGAUGUGUAAUAAUGCUAGACUGUGGUUAUAUAAAGACUUAUCUCAUCACCCCGGUAUACAGUAUCUCGCUUGGGUCAUCCUUCCUACGACUUUGGUUCUAUUUAGUGCUGGCUUCGUUCAGCUUGUAGCACCACAGGCUAUAGGUUCAGGCAUACCAGAAAUGAAAACUAUCCUCAGGGGUGUCGCAUUGAAGGAAUAUUUAACAUUCCGAACGCUUAUUGCCAAAAUUAUUGGUUUGACUGCCGUAUUAGGAAGUAGUAUGCCGGUGGGAAAAGAAGGUCCUUUCGUCCAUAUCGCUAGUAUUUCAGCAACGUUGCUUAGUAAACUAGUGACUGGAUUCCAAGGUAUAUAUGAAAAUGAAAGUAGAACCACCGAAAUGUUAGCAGCUGCGUGUGCUGCUGGAGUAGCGAGUUGUUUCGCGGCACCUGUAGGAGGUGUUCUUUUCAGUAUAGAAGUAACUACAGUUUAUUUCGCAGUAAGAAACUAUUGGAGGGGAUUUUUUGCAGCAGUUUGUGGUGCAUCUACAUUUAGACUUCUAGCAGUUUGGUUCCAGAAAGCUGAAACAGUAACUGCAGUUUACAGAACAAAUUUCUAUAUGGACUUUCCCUUUGAUCCUCAAGAGCUGUUUGUUUUCGCAUUACUAGGAGCCUUCUCUGGUCUUGGUGGAGCUUUCUACGUAUGGGUGCAUCGCCAGUACGUAAUUUACAUGCGAAAGAAUAAAAGUCUCAACAAAUUUCUUAGCAAAAAUCGCUUUUUGUAUCCGGGCAUCAUUUCCCUUCUUGUAGCAAGUCUUUCUUUUCCGUUGGGACUGGGUCAAUUUAUAGCAGGAGAAUUGACAACCCAUGAACAAGUAGCUGCACUGUUUAGCAACGUUACUUGGACUGAUGAAAAUGUGACGAUAUCCGAACAGCAAAUGAUUGAUAAAUGGAAAACGCCCUGGACUGGAGUUCUAGUCAAUUUAGUGUGUGUUUUGAUAUUUAAUUUCAUUACGUCUAUAGUAUGCUCAACAUUACCAGUACCAAGUGGCAUAUUCAUCCCAGUAUUCAAAAUCGGAGCUACCAUUGGUAGACUUAUUGGAGAAUUAAUGCAUUUGUGGUUUCCAUCAGGAAUGCGUUAUGGUGGUAAAGUAGCUAAGAUAAUUCCUGGUGGGUACGCUACAGUUGGAGCUGCGGCAUUCAGUGGCGCCGUGACCCACACAAUUUCUGUAUCUGUGAUAGUUUUUGAAAUGACUGGACAAAUUACGCAUCUUAUACCAAUAAUGAUAUCAGUUUUAAUAUCUAACGCCAUUGCUAGUCUUUUAGCACCAAGUAUAUAUGAUAGCAUUAUAGUUAUUAAGAAGUUGCCUUAUUUACCAGAUUUGUUGCCAAGUAUCAGUGGUAUUUAUAAUAUUUAUGUAGAAGAUUUUAUGGUGAGAGAUAUAAAAUAUAUAUAUUAUGGAAUGACUUAUGAUCAAUUGAAAACUAUUCUAAAAGAAAACAGAAGACUCCAAAGUUUUCCGUUAGUUGAUAAACCUGAUAGUAUGGUUCUUCUGGGUUCCAUACGAAGACUUCACCUCAUACAAUUGAUAGAAAAACAGAUUGGGAGAGAACGAAGAAUGCAGGUAGCAGCUGUACGAAAAAAAGAAGCUGAAGAAAAAGCUAAAGAGGAAGAAGAGAGAAAGAGACGUCCGUCCAGAUUUGAAGUAGUUCCUGCCCCAGAUGCGCUCCAGAAACAAACAUCGUUAGAUUUAGAAAAACCUCUUUUCAAUCCUGCAUAUGGCUCCCAACCCAAAAAAUCGAUACUCAAAAAAACUAGUUCUGUAACUCUGAAAGGAUUCUCGCCAUUUUCAAGUAGUAGUCCUACAAGUACUCCAUACUCUACUGUAACUGGAGCAGAAAGUAGAUUUAAAUCAGCUUUUGAUUCCAUAUUCCGAAAAAGUUACUUCGGAGGAAGUGAAGAAAGUGCCAAUGGUAGUUUAUUAAGAACAGCUUCAUGGGGCAGAAGACCUCAAAUAUUACCUCUAAGUCAACAUAGCUUUAAAAAAGUACAAUUGCCAAAAGAACGUGUAUGUGAUAUGAGUCCAGAAGAUCAAAAGAAGUGGGAAGAAGAACAAAUGUCUCUACCAGUAGAGUUCAUUUGCCAUAUAGAUCCUGCUCCCUUCCAGUUAGUAGAGAGAACGUCUCUAUUGAAAGUCCAUUCCAUAUUUUCCAUGGUAGGAGUGAACCACGCCUACGUAACUGCUAUAGGAAAACUUGUUGGUGUAGUGGGGUUAAAAGAACUUCGACAAGCGAUCGAAGAUGCUAACGCUGGUAAUUUACCAGCCAGUGUACUUGACAUAAAUGGGGGAAUAAGUGUAAACGAUGUGAAAGAUGAUGUAGGUGAACCUUCUAAUACUACAAGUUUAAUGGUCGGUGAUUCAGAAGUGUAAUUAUACAAUUUUCUAAAAAAUCCAACUUUAGCUGGAAUUGGAGAAUGUUCCAAUUUUUAAUUUGGUAAUUUUAAUUUAAUUUAACUGGUAAGACCAGAUAUGCGAACACUUGUUAUUGGAAUCUAACAAUAAACUAUUAUUAUAAAAUCUAAAAUUCAAAAGUUAAUUAUUAUGCAAGAAUAUUUCCAAAUUUUUUUAUUGAGGAUAAAGUAGAAAAAUAGAAGACAAUAACCUCAAAAGAUAUCAUUUUAAUUUCAAAAAAUAAAAUAAUUCAAUCAGAGUAAACUUGAUGUAAAUUUUUCUUCUACUCAUCUGGUUUACGAUAUCCUCAAACAUUUUUUUCACUUUUUUGACACUUAUUGUUACUCUUCUUUUUAUCUACAUUUCGUAAGCUUGUAUCCAUUAUCUCCCGAAUCUACCAUUUAUCUCAAUACAUUUUUGGUUCAUCUAAGUCCAGUGCUCUAACGACAUGCAUAAUCACCAUUGUUCAACUACUGUAACCUAACCUAACCAUUUUAUCUUUUCCCAUAUAAUUGUUUCCAUUCCAUAUUCAUUCUUCUUCGCCUAUUUCUUUUUAUUUUGUAUGCAUUUGCCAGUCCAAAAUUUUAAAGCAAUCGUCUUUCUCGUUUGAUGAUUUUAUCUUCCUCCCUUCUACUCUUAUCUAUUGUAUUAUACAGUGAGGUAGGCAGAUUAACGUCCUGUAUAUUCUGAGCUUGGUAUUUUUUAAAAUGUUCUCCAAUUUCCAUCCUAUUCUGGAAAACAGUAUGUCUUAAAUGUUGGAUCUGUUUUCGAGCUCAAAGGGUCAUUUUAGAUAUGUAUGUAUUGGAAAUGAUAAUUUAUAAAUAUGACCAUAACGUGUUUUUAUGUAUAUAUGUUUUUUAAUUAAUUUCAUUCAAAUUGAAAUUUGUAAUUGUAUAUUUCAAGAAAAAAAGGGAAAAGAUAAUGUGGAAAAUCUAUGUAGUUGCUUUUUAUCUUCACAUCAGGUAAAUAAAUGUAAUAAAAUAUGAUAUAGUCACAAAAAAAAUAAAUUUGGUUUGAGAAACACUAAUUUUUUGACGAAAAUGGUUACUGGGCCGUCCAUUGAAAUAGUAAAAUAAGUUGUGAUUUUGUCGGAAUGCAACACUAACACCAUUUUAUGAAAGAGAAAUAACUUCACUACAAUAACUCUAUCUUCUCUUAAAAAAAGGAGAAUAGAGCAUUGUUUAUCAACCUAGCUCAAUUGAUAACUUUACUAAAAUUAUUAGUAUCAAACAAUGAUGGGUAUCCUUAUAAACAUAGAUAUGAUAUUAACGAUCAUACGUAUUUAUGAUAAAAUAUUAAAGAUACUCAUAUUAUUUAAUCGUAUUCAUUGAUACGUGUAUUGAACUUAUUUUGAAGCGUGGAUAGAUGGCUUAUGUUUUUGUAAUAUUGAACUGGUGGCGUAGUGUGCACUAAUAUAAACGUGGACAGAUUCGCAUCAGCAAGGAUCAUUUUCUUUAUUUUCCAAGAUCUACCUAAUGAAUUCAUCUUAUCAAAUAUAUGCUUUGAUACGACAUGUUUACUAAUGAUAGUAUAAAAAUAUAAAUGAAUGAUGAGAUAAUAUUAAAAAACAUAUAAAUUGGAACAAAAGUUUUAUUUUAUAACUUGAGUGAUUUAAUUUUUUACAAAAAUAAUGGUCUUCGACUUUUUGUUUUACUGAAGCCUUCGAAUAAGGAUUUGUAAUCAAUUUUUUCUGCCAAAUCUACUUAGAUUGAGAGUAUUGCUAAACCAGUUAGUCGGUCCCGAUUCAUAUUCUCUCUUAAGUAGUUUUUAAUAAUUUGUAACUUCUUUCUGUGAAAGCUGUACUUAUAGGCAAAGUCCACAUAAUUCUAAUACCAAUGUAACCAUUAGAAUAAAUAUCUUCCAGUUAAUGGCGUCUUUCAUGGAGAUAGGUUAGGUUAGGCUCUUCGUAAAGUUAAUAAGAUUCUGUAUCUUUGCUUCCUCCAUCUUGAAGUACUAGAUGUAAAUCAUUACAGUGCUUUAAAAGCUUGAUAUUUCGCAAAGAUUUUAAAUUAUUUAUUUGUACAAGUGCAGUGAAUUUGUGUUAAUGACUUGUAUCGCUAAUCAUUGUAAUAAAAAAAUCAAAUCUGAAUCUACUUUCACGGAAUGAUGGGUCGUGGGCGAUGGCCCACUUCACUCACGUCUAGCUACGCCACUAAAUCUAGUAUUAAAAGAAGUGGUGGAAUAAAUAAAUAUAACUUCUGAAUUGGCAAUUGGUUAAUUUUGCUGAUAUAAACUCAUAUCUACCCGUAAGUCAAUAAUAACAACUUGAGUUGUUUCUCCUACAUUAAUGAUGUGAAUUUCAUAAUAGUAUAGUGACGUAUUAAUUCUCCAUUAGGUAUUUUUUAAUUCCUCCAAUUUUCUUGCCUCAUAUUUUGGAUUAAAUAACAGUUAGAUCGAGUCAUAAAACCUUGUCACAUAUACCUUCAGAAUAGUUAUCCUCAGUAAAGAACGAACAAACUAAUACUCUACUAUUAAUAGUGGAGAAUAACUAUUAAAAUUGUGAAGUUUAGUAAAUCCAUAAACAAUUAUCAUUAUUUUAACCUUUCCAUAUAUUCACCCACUCCACGCUUCAUCAACUGUUCAUUAUAGCUUCUGCUGAACCUGUACAAAGUUAUCUAUAUAUUUUUGUUAAAUACCCUCUUUAAGGAUUAUAGAAUUUGUAUUGAUUGUUACACAAUAUGAACUUUUCACUAUACAAAAAUAUGGUACUGAAUCUUUCAGUAAGUCCUGUAAUUAAGUAUAGAAGUGAAAUGUUGAUAUUCAGAUUUUAUACUAAUAGUCACAUAAAGUGAUUUAAUUUUAUAACGAUUUAAAUUGUUAUUUCUACGUUAUUGUUACAUUUUUUCGUUAUGUUGAUCAAAUUAUUAUUUAAUAUGGUGAUAUUUGCGAGUUGUGAUCAAUUUUAGACAUAUUUUGAAUAAAGUGAAUGUAAGAGUU